GAUGUUUUAUGCUGUUGUAUUUUGAAAAACCUGCCACCGGAAGUGACGUAGUGAGCGUGGUUAACGGUAGCUGUCUCCUGCGCUCACUCAGGCGCCCCGGUAUGUUGACGUUGAGCCGGAGUACAGAAAAUGCUGGUAACGGGAAUAUGUCCGUUGUUUCAGGCUAGUCCUGUGAGUCAAUGAAGCUAGCCAACUAACGAGAGUUAACUAACUUAGUUCGGCUUAAAUGGGGUUUCGAGUUAGAAGAUGAUCGCGUCACUUUCUAGAGGAAGUUUGCUCGAUGAGGUUCUACAUGGUGGCUUCAAUGAGCAGCAGCUUACAGCCUAUGUUUCCUGGGUGAACUGUCAGCUGAAGAGGAAACCCGGCCUGAAGCCUAUUAAGAACCUCAGGCAUGAUCUGCAGGACGGGGUGGUGCUCACGCAACUCAUAGAGAUAGUUGCAGGGGAACUGCUGGAAGGGGUCCAUGUUGCUCCACAGAACAAAGAGGAAAGCAGGCAGAAUGUGGCACAAGUCUUGCAGUUCAUUUCCUCCAGACACAUACGCAUGCCACACAUAUCAGCAAGAGACAUAGUUGAUGGUAAUCUGAAAUCUGUAAUGAGGAUAAUUCUGGCGUUGGCCGCUCACUUCAAACCCUCAGCCAAUCACAGGGCUGCAUCUGUAAGCGAGAGGGGUUUGACCAGAGGCUUCGCCAGCCACGACCCUCUCUCCACUGUGGCACUUGCACAAGGUUCCGCUGCUGCACUGGCAUCAGCACAACGAGCUUCGCAGCCUACACGCACCACACGUCUCCAGAGUUGCUGGGGGUUGGAUGCGGAAAAGAAUGUGUGUGUUCGUGCACUGGUUAAGCAGUACGAAAGAGGAACUCCGGACGAGCCGGACAAUGCCCCGCCUGGCAGCAUCAGCUGCGGCAGUACACUGUCAUCUCCAAGAGCUCCACCCGGCACCCACCCGGAUAGAGCGCAGGAGGACCACCAACCACAGGAGAGCAGUGUGGAGUCAUCUCACGCUGAUGCAGAGACGCCGUUGGAGGGUUCUCUUACGGAAACUUUGGAGCAGGAGGUUCAGGAGACACGUAAAAUGGUGUCUGCUUUACAGGCUCUGCUGCUGCAUGGUUCGCUGCCUGAGGACGAGCAGGACGUGUCUUUGAGUUUAGACCAAGGCAAUGCCGAAAAGCAACUGGUACUGCGACUGUUUCCAUUGUAACCCUUUUUCAGUCUUUCUUUUCAUGUUUUGCUUCAUUGUCUUCUUUGCUCCCAGGAGAUGAGAAACUUGCAGGGAGUAAAGGACGCCCAGCAGCAGAGACUGUGCACUCAGGAGGCCUCGAUACUGCAGAUGAAGCAAGAGCUUCUCAGAGACAGCAUGACGAAGGAUGAGCUCAACAACCAGAACGCUGAGCUCCAGUGGAAGCUGGAGGAAUGUAACAGAAUGUGGGGAGAAUGCAAGAAGGAGAUAGGACAGAAGGACAGGCUCCUGCAGCAACUCAAACACAAGCUUGAAGACAGCAAAAUGAAGCAGAUUGAAUUGCAAAGAGAGUUGGAGCAUAAAAACAGCAUGGAGAUUACCACCAGCGCAGUAAACAAUGGGUGUUCUUACUCUGGAAAUCCGUCUCCGUCUAUCUCAGAUGCGGAGGAGGUUCAGCUGCUCAGGGAUUCACUUCGCAGUCUGAGGAACAACUUCAGAGACCACGACCCACAGCACCACACACUGGACACCCUGGAGCAAGGCAUCGUGUCGCUCAUGGACAGACUGCACGUUCUGCAUACACACAGGGGGAGGGGGAAAUCUCCGAGACGUAAAGGCCCACACACAGACUUGGACACCUGGCCUUGCGCAAAGGUGUCUCAGUCCCACAGUCUUGCCUCCACUAAAAUCCUUUAUUUUACUGGAAAAUCACCAACACCUUCCAUGAUCAACAUACCGAAGAGGUUGGGUGAGGUUACUCUGAAGGAUGUUAAGGCAGCCGUGGAUCGAGAGGGAAACUAUAGGUACCACUUCAAAGCCUUGGAUCCUGAGUUCGGUACUGUGAAAGAAGAGGUAUUCUUGGAUGCAGCAAUCAUUCCAGGUUGGGAAGGAAAAAUAGUGGCCUGGCUAGAAGAGGACUGUGGUGAGGAAAGGUAA